UUGACUUGCGUCUCUUUUUUGCUCGGUCCGCGUGCGUGCUUGCUGGGCUGGGACGGAGCGAAAAAGCGUGCUUGCUACCGCUUCUUUGCAUAGUCCUAGCGCGUUUUUAGCCGUUGCCGUCGACCUGCGGUCUCCACGGCCCAGCCGAGACGUCGCGUGAUACAGGCGAGUGCCCGAACGUUGACGCUCGGCACGUGAACGGCGCGUUUGCCGGGUUGGAUCGGCGGCGGAGGGCAUGCCAGCGGACGACGGGGACAGCGGGAUUGAAGCCAUGAGUUUGCCGGAGAGCCGCGAGACGUCGCCGAAAAUGUCCAAGCGAGACCUCGACGUUGCUAUGCCGACCACGAGCAGUACGACGGAGGGCUCAGCCAGCGUCGUCGGUGAAGACGACGACCUCGAUCUGGACGAGACGCUGUACGAGCGGUUGUGGGGACUGACGGAGAUGUUCCCCCCGAAGCUGCGCCAGGGGGUGUACGACGUGGCCAACUUCUCGUGGGGUUCGGCCAAGGGCCUGUACAGCUUCGGCCGCUCGGCCUUCUGGAUCAUCUUCUCUUCAUCGGCGAUCCUCUUUGCACCCGUCAUCUUCGAGCUGGAACGACUGCAAAUGGAGGAGAUGAGCAGGCAACAACAGCGCCAGAUUCUACUGGGUCCAAGUGCAGCUGUGUCUGGUGGUGCACCACCUGGCAUGAUGCCUCCAAUGGGUCCUGGACCCCAACAACGGAGGUAAAGUCCCGACGUUGAAGAAUGGACAGCAGCAACGGCAGAAGACAGUGGAUCUUUGCGGAGCGUGCAAUGUCGGAGACGUGCUUUCCAAAUGAACUGGCCUUUACACAUUUGCCAUGCACCGUUGCAGUCACCUACCAUGUCUAAAAAGCAGCACUGUUGUCACUUCCCUCCCCUAAUUUUUUUUCAUAGACAGCACUGCAGUGCUUUACCCCCCCUUUUUUUGUAUUUUUGCGUAGUUCAUCUCAGCGGCACCAGGGUGCUAGUGCCGCUGUGCAGUUUCAGGUGUAAAUACAUCCUCUAGCCUCUUUAACUCUUAACUCUGUCAUUGAAACAGAGUGUACUGAUGCGGUUCACUGUUGAGGCAUCUAUGGCUGCUUGAUUGAUAGUUGUUAAUGUGGCAGUUAGCGGGUGGUUGAAUAAAAGAAAGCUAUUUGACGAAAAAUGCAAGUGUUUUCACUCCACAAUGUCACAGUGUCACUAGCACUUGCAGGCUUUCAUGAAACAAAUUUGAAAAAAAGAAUGUCAUAUAAAACUAGACAAUUCGUUGGGCAGUAGUAAUCUGUGAUGGCACACUGGAGCACAUGGUUCAGUAAUGGUGAUAUGCACCGAUGUUUACUUGUCUUGCACUAGAACAAGCAGAAGGCUAUAAUGUGUAGCUUUUCUAGUGCAGAUAAUUUCCAAACGGAAAGUUUUUUGUCAAAUGUCAACAAUAUUUUGUUGGAUCUCACAUGCUUUGUGUGCCAGUUCACACUGAAGUUUUUUCAAUGUUUCUUGAAAAUGCACUGCCUUAUAGCAACAUACGUGGUCAUAUUCCAACCUGCGUGCUCAAUUUCUUUUUUUGCAGUGCAUUGAUGCUGCGUUCCAGUUUAUUUUUUGGGCAGCAUACUGUAUUUACCGCUGACGCUUCUCUGGGCACCACUUCAUUAAACCAUGGUUAGCUGUACAGUAUGCAUUGAAGAUGCUACGCUUCACAUUUUGCAUAAUCAUAUGUUUUUUGUGAAGUUUGUGUUUGUUGAAGCUUUUAGUGAAAAGGCCCCAGGCAUCAUUGGUGGAUUGCACUGUUUAAAGUCAGCCCAUUUUGCAACACGGCAACUAGCACUUUCAUAAGAAGAAGGAUGGAAAAGGUAAAUUUAGAAAAGGCUGAAAUUGCUGUGUGUAAACUGUGCAGGCUUGUUUUUACGUGGUGUUUGUUGGUGCCUUAAUUUGGCACUAGCUUUUUGAAGGCGCAGGCCCGCACUUGAUGUCUACCCUCGUUUAUUACAUAACUUCGGAUGGAUGUUAUAGCUAUGGAAGCAUGGAACUUAUGAAGGCCCACACUAGCAUUGGUCAUCAUGAUGUUGGUACAAGUUUUCGGUGCAGCUCUGUUACCUUUGGAUUCUGUGGUAAAUGAAACAAGCGUUGAUGGCAUCCAUUAUGGCCGCAAGUUUCAUAUUUCAUGGUUGAAGUGGUGGUUUCACCCAAGCACAUGUCUGUCCCUGAAAAAAUGUAGCUGGACAGAGUGGAUAGAAAGAAAGCAAGAAAAGGGUCACUAGAGCGCAUCAUUUAUAACUGAUUAAUUAUGAAAAACUUGCUUUUAGGCAAAGUAUUAAAAGUGCCUUCUUUCCUCGUUCAUUUUUGGUCGGUUCCUUGAAAGGUUAGUUUAGGCUGUGUAUGCUGCGUGUUAAUUUUGGACAAAUUUUGUUUGAUUCCUGUGCAAUCUCGAGUUGGUGGCAUGAUGAGACACUUGCAUAUGAAAAACGAAGAUGUCUGGAUAUGACAUGUUUUUAAACUAGUUCGUUUGCAUUUGCUAUUGUUGGACAAAUAAAACAAGGCACCGUGGGCACUGUUGUGCUCUAAUAGUAGCAA